CAGCAGCGUCCCGUGGGGGGCGCUAACGAGUCAAAGUCAACCCCGAAGCGGAAGAAGAAGACAAAGUGUCGCCUUCUUGCACUCAAGUUAACUUGUUGAAUGACAGCAAAUCUAACUUUUGCCAGGUUUUUUUUUUAACGGUGCCUUUUUUUCUCAGCCCGGUGACAACUUUACCACACUUUGCCUCACUGCUGCCAUCGCCUCUGGGCGGUUAAAGCCGAACAAUGCGGGACCGAACUCAGGAGUUGGGAAACAAAGGAGACGCCUCAGACGAGGACGAUGAAGGCAAGUCCCUGAUGAUCAAACCUGGAACCUCUUCGGCCAAAGAGGAGAAGGAAAAUGAGAACUUCUUCAAAAAGGUGCAAGAAAUCCACGAGGGUCUGUCCAGUCUAAAGAAGAUGGUUUCCGAACUUGAGAACAAGCAGAAGACCGUGCUGGGUGUGGCCCUGCCGGAGGAGGGCAUGAAGAAGGAGCUGCAGACUCUCCGGGACGAGAUCAAAACAUUGGCCAGUCAGAUCCAGCGGAAACUGAAGAGUAUCGAGCCCAAGAAGGGGGAGGAUGACGCCAAGUACGUGCCCGUCAACACUCGCAUGCAGCGCACGCAGCACGGCGUCCUGUCCAGGGAGUUUGUGGAGCUGAUGGGCCACUGCAACACCAUCCAGGCGCAGUACAGAGACCGCAACGUGGAGCGGAUACAGAGACAACUGAAAAUCACCGGCACCAACGUGACGGACGAGGAGCUGGAUUCCAUGCUGGAAAGCGGCCAGACGGACGUUUUCACUCAAAACAUCCUGAUCGACGCUAAAGCCACGAGACAAGCUCUGAAUGAGAUCGAGUCGCGGCACGACGAGAUCCUGAAGCUGGAGCGGAGCAUCAGAGACCUCCACGACAUGUUCCAGUACCUGGCCAUGGAGGUGGAGGCCCAGGGGGAGAUGGUGGACCAGAUCGAGCACAACAUCAACCAGUCGUCCAACUACGUGGAAAAAGCCAAGGACAACACGGAGAAAGCCGUCACGUAUCAGCAGAAGGCCCGCAAGAAAAAGAUCUGGAUCGCAAUUUGUUUGGCCAUCGUCAUCCUCAUCCUCGCCAUCUCGCUGGCCACCACCUUCUCCUGAUGGAUGGUCGGACGUUGUUGGUCCGUCAUCAUUCAACACUCAAGUCCGUCUUCGUCCUGUCGUUUGUCCCCCGGACUGUUACACCCCACCCCCCAGACCACCAUUCAGACUGGACCGGAUCCCGGAGUGCUCGGAACACGUGGCGGUUUAUGAACAAAUGGUUUUAUAAGGAGGCUGUCUUUUUAUAAUAUGGCUGUACAUAACAUGGUGGUGCUGUCACACAAACGUUUUAAAGCCUUCAUGUAAAUACACCCCUUUUGGAUUUUAAACGCUUGGCAAACCACUUUUUGUAUUUAUGGUUACAAGUCGCAUGCGUGAGAUCACACAUGAACUUAAAACACGUGGAGGCGCGAGCGUGAUGUCGCGCACUAAGGUAGCCGAGAAGGAAUGAAGACAAACACAUCCUCCUGCGGCGCUCCGUCGGUGAGGACGGACUCGUUCUCCGCGGUUACAAUGAGACCACUUCGGAGUCUUGUAUUACUGAGAGUUUGGUUUUAAAAUAAAAUGAUGCCAUCUUCUAA